GGAGUACAGGCCGCCAUAAGGUGUAUUUAAGCAGCACCAUUCUGGCGGUUAUCGUCUUCCUCUAUUCAUCAUAACAAACGUUUACUGCAGAAGGAUCCUGGUGUCUGCGUGUGCGUUCUUGCUGGCGAGAAAUUCGCGAGGGUCACAGCUGGUGCCGAAACCCCGGGACGCAGGGCAGCCUUUGAUUGCUGGCCCUGUGAGGAGACCACCCCCCCCCCCCCGCCGCUCGUGGGGCGGAUUCAGAACUGCAGUACAAAAGAAAGAAAACAAUCCAUUCUGGGUACUGGAGAGCCUCACGCGAAAGCUCGUGGCAGCUGAAGAUGAUCCUCCAACGAAUAUACCUGCAACUAAUUCCAGUUCUUGCUUGGAUCCUUCUAAAUCGGGUUCCUAGUAUUGUGGGGGUACAACGUUGGGCCAUUUUGUCUGCAUUCCCGAAGCCUAUGCCGGUCAGACAUAAUUCAUUGACUUUCCCAAAAUUCUUCUCGUCCAAUAAAGAUUUAGGCCUGCCUUAUUUGCCUUAUGAUGAGACUGAGGCAUCAUUAGGGGAAAGCCGUGACUUUCCAGAAGCUGGCUCCCUUUGCUUUCAAAUCGAGGAUUCCGUAGGAGAUUGUGUUCGGCUUACCAAAAGGAUUCUUGGGUCAUUUGGCUAUAAGGAUUGGGAUUGGGAAGUUAUGUCCCAAAAGGAAAGGGAUAGUAAGGACGCCAUCGAUAUCCAUUAUACCUUUUCGCAUAAGGUCACCUGGAUAAACGGUUCCUUUUUAGGACCAAAUUUUUUAGAUAUAGAUAGACCUCUUCAACCUAGGGUGGCCCCUUCAUGUGCAUGGGAGGAUGAUGGGUCCAUCCCUCUAUGGUCCGACUGCCAGUCACGCUUUACUCGAUGGGCUGACAGAAAUAAAACCUUUUCUUUUUCCCCAAAUAUGUUGAUGGAUCCUACAAAAAGUAUGGUAAUGAGAAAGGGGCUCUUUAUACAACAUCGAGAUAUGGUCCCUUUUUAUAAAUGGAUACUUUGUGGGACAAAUGGUAGUUGUACGGACCUCAAUCCUCUGGGAUUCAUUAGUGGUGCUACUGUAGGGAAAUCAAUCGUCAUGGACGCCAUAAAUGGUACUGCAUUAAAAAAAAAAGGUUAUGGAAAUGGAAAAUGUGUCAAGGCAGAUUACCCAUUGGAAUAGAACCAUUACAAAUCAGACGACUUUUCCACCUAGUCCUGUCUGUGUUUAUCCUCCUUUUUUAUUUGUUUUGUCCAAUAAUUCUUUUAGAAAUUGUACCAAUGAGACAUGCUUGAUGUCGCAAUGUUGGAAUGCCAGGCGUUACACUCGUGCCCUGGUUGUUAGAGUCCCGCAGUGGAUCCCAAUCCCUGUGGAGACUCCAUCCACCCUCUCCCUGUUUAGACAGAAGAGAGAUUUUGGCAUCACCGCAGCCAUUGUUACUGCCAUCGCUGUCAGUGCAGCUGCUGCCACUGCAGCCGGCUUGGCAAUGGCAAAUUCAGUCCAAACAAGCACAACAGUAAAUCAAUUGUCAGCAGGUGUGGCUGAAGCCAUGAACCUUCAUGUAUCUGCUAGCGCGCAAUUAAAAGGUGGAUUGAUGAUUCUUAACCAGCGUCUGGACCUUAUGGAAGAAAGAAUAGAUAUUUUAUUUCAAUUGGCUCAAUUAGGAUGUGAGAGAAAAAUAGGAGCAUUCUGUAUUACCAGUGUACAAUAUGAAAAUUUUACCCGAGCCGCUAAUUUGUCCAGGAAAUUGUCCUUAUAUCUUGCAGGAAACUGGUCAGAAGGAUUUGAAGAAACGCUUGAAGAGCUAAGGGCGGCGGUGGUGACCAUUAAUUCUACUCGAGUGGAUUUAUCGCUCACAGAUGGCUUAUUAUCCUGGGCUUCUUCUGCCUUUUCUUAUUUUAAGGAAUGGGUGGGUGUUGGAAUGUUUGGUGCAGCCCUAUGUUGCGGCUUAGUGUUCUUACUCUGGUUGGUCUGCAAGCUCAAAGCGCAACAACAACAUGACAAGGUCGUGAUCGCGCAAGCACUUGUGGCCUUGGAACAAGGAUCAUCUCCCAAAAUUUGGUUAUCCAUGUUAAAAAAUUAAAACAGACUGUGACACUCAGUCGAUGCACCUCAGGGGUUUUACCCAUUGCACUGAGUCGAUGAGUGAUCCAAGUCACAAUGUUGCCUUUGCCUAAGUGGCUGCGGUACCAAGAUAGGAGAAUGACAGCCCUUGCACUCCCUGGAAUUUUAUUCCAUUGCUCGGGAAUGGGUGUCACCUCCAUUUUUUUCUUCUCCCUUAGCCCCUGCACCCAGAGGACUUGUCUCCAUUGCACCUGGUGGGGUAAGGGAGUGAUCUAAAGCUCUUGAUCACUUACUCCCCAAAGAAGGAGUUUGCUUGAUCAAGCUUAGGGCUUUCUUGUGCCAUGCUUACAAGGCUUUGAGGCAGUUUUCAUUUAUUAAAACAAAAAGGGGGAGAUGUGGAGAGCCGAGAGAGUGCAAUCGCCAUUACGAGAUGGCGCUGACACCCGGCCCUAGCCCUAAUGAACAAACAAUAGACCACAUCUGCAAGUUGCAAAAGCGUGCCAAGCCACUGUCCAGCCUGGGGGCGUUACUGCCCAGUCUGGGGCGUCAUACAGGGCAAUGGGCAAGCAGCCAACCAGCAGAGUACAGGCCGCCAUAAGGUGUAUUUAAGCAGCACCAUUCUGGCGGUUAUCGUCUUCCUCUAUUCAUCGUAACAAACGUUUACUGCAGAAGGAUCCUGGUGUCUGUGUGUGCGUUCUUGCUGGUGAGAAGUUCGCAUGGGUCACAACUUUUUUGAUUUUACUUUUUCUUUUUUUAAAAGUAUCAAUUUCUAGCCUUACCAGGCCAUAGUAGAGGACAAUGCAGCCACUUUUGAUAUGAACUGAUAGACUAAGAUCAGAAAGGAGAGGAGAACCACCCCUAUCAGUGGACUUGGGGAGUAGCAUGCAGGCAGAGGGAGGAGGGAGGGUGGGAUUGGGAGGAAAGGAGGGAGGGGCUUAU